AUGGUUGUGCCGGCAUAUAACGACCCGGACGCGUGGAUCGAGCAUAUCCGACAAUGCAAGCACCUCCCAGAGCGUCAGAUGAAGGCGCUGUGCGCGCGCGUGGCCGACUUGCUGCUCGAGGAAAGCAACGUACAUCUCGUCCAGAGCCCUGUGACAGUGUGUGGCGACAUCCACGGACAGUUCUGGGACGUCCUCGAGAUCUUUAGGCGGGGCGGUGAGGCGCCCAAAACGAGUUACAUUUUCAUGGGCGACUUUGUGGACCGAGGAUACUACUCGCUCGAGACGUUGAGCCUGUUGCUCGCCUUGAAAGCGCGGUAUCCGGAACGCAUCACCCUGUUGCGCGGCAACCACGAGUCACGCCAGAUCACGCAGGUGUACGGCUUCUACGACGAGUGUAUGCAAAAGUACGGCAACCCGUCGGUUUGGCGGGCUUGCUGCAACGUGUUCGACAACCUCAACCUCGCGGCUAUUAUCGACUCGUCGAUCCUUUGUGUCCAUGGAGGACUGAGCCCAGAUAUCCGCACACUCGACCAGGUGCGCACAAUAUCUCGCGCACAGGAGGUGCCCCAUGAAGGACCGUUCUGCGACCUCAUGUGGUCGGAUCCAGACGACGUCGAGACGUGGGCCGUGAGCCCGCGCGGUGCAGGGUGGCUGUUUGGCGGCAAGGUGACGGGCGAGUUCAACCACGUGAACGGGCUCAAGCUCGUUGCGCGCGCACACCAGCUCGUGCAGGAGGGCUACAAGCACAUGUUUGACGAGAAGCUCGUGACGGUGUGGUCUGCGCCAAAUUACUGCUACCGAUGCGGGAACAGCGCGAGUAUCAUGCAGGUCGACGAAGAGACCAACCCGUCGUUCAAGGUAUACGAGGCUGCGAUCGAGAACCAGACCGACCAGAAAAACCCCGCCAUGCGCCGCGCCGCCGCCCCGAGCUACUUUGUUUAG